AUGGCAACUUACCAACCCAAACUGUGUAUCACUGAGAAACAAGUGUCAGAUGCCCAGCUUCAAAAAGUCUUAACUACAGUACCAGCGGUACCUAACAGUAACCAUAACAACUGUGACACUGGCCAUAUUAACCCCAAGGUACCUGACAGUACCCGUAACUGUGACACUGGCCAUAUUAACCCCAAGGUACCUGACAGUACCCGUAACUGUGACACUGGCCAUAUUAACCCCAUGGUACCUGACAGUGCCCGUAACUGUGACACUGGCCAUAUUAACCCCAUGGUACCUGACAGUGCCCGUAACUGUGACACUGGCCAUAUUAACCCCAAGGUACCUGACAGUGCCCGUAACUGUGACACUGGCCACAUUAACCCCAAGGUACCUGACAGUACCCAUAACUGUGACAUUGGCCACAUUAACCCCAAGGUACCUGACAGUACCCAUAACUGUGACACUGGCCACAUUAACCCCAAGGUACCUGACAGUACCAAUAACUGUGACAUUGGCCACAUUAACCCCAAGGUACCUGACAGUACCCAUAACUGUGACACUGGCCACAUUAACCCCAAGGUACCUGACAGUACCCAUAACUGUGACACUAGCCAUAUUAACCCCCCAUGA